UGCCGCCGGAGCGCCCGUGGAAUUAGACACUUAAGACAUUCUCCGUCCUUUAGCGUCUUUCUCCGUGGACAAGUCAGAUAUUGUUUUGAACAAGGAAAAGUGACGUAUUUUGGACUUCUUUUUCCCCCGAAGCGCAGCUUUUUUUUUUAUGUGCGCGCGUGCGUCGUUUCGUUGCCGAGCCACAAAGGAGUUUUUCUGUGUUUGCGCUUGAACUUGGCCGCGAAAAAGAAAACUAAAAAGAAAGAAGCAUGGCAGAGACAUCGGCAUCUCCGGCCAAAGCCAAGAAAGCGCCCAAGCCCAAGAAGCCCGCUUCGCAUCCCAAGUACUCGGACAUGAUCCAAGCGGCCAUCGUGCACGACGCCAGCCGAAGCGGAGCGUCCCGUCAAUCCAUCCAGAAGUUCGUCCGCAAAAACUACAAGGUAGGCGACAACGCCGACGCCCAGAUUAAGUUGGCCCUCAAGAGGUUGCUGGCGUCCGGGAUGCUGCGCCACACCAAAGGCAUCGGAGCGUCCGGAUCUUUCCGACUCAACAAGCCCGACGACGUCAAAAAGCCCACCAAGAAGCCGGCCGGGGCCAAACCCAAGAAGGCCACCAAAGCGUCAGCUAAGCCGCCCAAGAAGGUGCCCAAGCCCAAGAAGGCGAACAAGGCGCAGGAGAAGCCCAAGAAAGCCUCCCCCAAGAAGACCAAGGCGGUCAAGGCGAGCAAGAAGGCCACGCCGACCAAAGGGAAGAAAGCGGCCCCCGCGCAGAAAAAGACCAAGACGGUCAAGCCGAAGGCGGCCAAGCCCAAAGCCAAAGCGGUCAAAAGGGCAGCCAAGCCCGCAAAGAAAGCCGCUAAAUCGGCCAAAAGAAAGUGACGGGACAAUAUCGCAACGGGCCGUGUAAAUAUUCCCGAAAGGACACCUUUUUCGUAUAAGUCUUAUUUUUCUAAGAUUCCAUGCAAACUUCUACUCGCUCUCGCCUGCACCACCAAAUGGACGAAACUUAUUGAGAGCAAUGGAAAUGAUCAUCUUAGCAUUUAACAUUGUGCUUGUGACACCGCUGAUCCCAACAGUGACGUUCUCGAGGUUCUUGUGCUUUACUCGAACGCAUCCGUUCAUUCCAUCCAUCCUCUUGUGCGAAUUACCCCCCCCCCCCGACCUUUUCAUUAACGUCGCUUCAUCACGACACCCAAUAAAACUGAAGAGAAUGUG